CAGAAAACAGUCGAUGUAAAGUUGUUAAUUAGCAGAGAAAGUACUUUGGAAAGGUACUUGAAAGGCUCUUCGAUUAGCUGAAGCUGUUUGUUGCACUUUUGCAUUUGAUUUCCCUUAUUUCUUUUUUCUUUUUCUUUGUAUUCCCUUUUCUUGUUUUUUAACAUGAUAAGAAGUUCGAUUGUGAGAUCCUCAUUUUUAUAUAACUCAAUCAACAAAAUCAAUCCUUUCUUCAGUUUCAACAUCCCUAGCAAUUAUCACACUGCCAAUAACAACCAUAACUACAAUAACAAUUACAAAAAAAAUAGUGGUUUUGUUUAUAAUCGUUUUUCGAAAAACAUGUCUACCUACACACUACAAUACUCCAGUUCCACUCCCGGUCCUAUUGAGAAGGAAAUAGUUAAUAAACUAAUAGACAGCUUCAAUCCAAUAUCCUUGACUAUCAAAAACGAUUCAUCGAAACAUGCUCAUCAUGCUGGAAUUCGAGGAGCAACCAAUAUUACCGAAUCUCAUUUCAGAAUUGACAUCAUUUCAAAAUCUUUUACUGGUUUGAAUUUGCCCUCGAGACACAGAUUGAUUUAUAAGCUUUUGGACGAUGAGUUAAAAAACAAAGGUGUCCAUGCUCUAUCUCUAAAAAUUAAAACUCCUGAUGAAAUAAGUAAAAAUAACUCUUCAUCCUCAUCUUCCAGUUCAAAAAAUUCCUCGAAUGAAUCAAUCAAAGAUGAAAAUAUAUGAAAGAUAUACACAAAUAAAUAAACACACAUUCAAAUUCGUUAUAAAUAUUCAGUCCAAAACAAACAGCUUAUUAUGUUUAUCGGUUUACUAGUUUUAUGAGUUUAUAUAUAUAUACUAUUUUUUUUAAAUCAUUGAUUUUUACUGUCAUCACUUUUGUAUAUUUUAUCUAUCGUUUUUUACUUGAUUUUAUCACCAAAUUUAUUUUUUAGUUGUUUUUGUUCUGAUAAUUAUCUAAUACAAGCA